UAAUCUAAUUGCAAAUUAUUUUAUGUUACAUUACUAUUUUAUAUGUGAAGCAAUAGGUCAAUGAAGACAUCUCCUGUAUAGUAAAUUAUAUUAUUUUUUUGGUACUUGAUUCCAUAGAUUGUUACACUAGCUUAUUGUUAAUAAUAUUUAUAAAGAAAGCAUGAACAUAAUAUAGAAGUGUUAUAUAUAGAAAAAUAGUGAUACACAAGGAACAGUAAAAUACCAAAAUAUUAAUAAACAAAAUUUUUAGUUGUUAUUUUAAAGAGUAAUAGUUAAAUAACUGAUGGACAUGUAGUUUUGUGUAUUUUUUAUUGAUAGAGCAUAUUUUACCUCAGGAUAUUUAUUUUGAUGCAAUAUAUUUACAAGAAUCUUAUAAAGAUCUGCAAGGGCUUAUAGAGUUUAUCCAUUGGUUAACAUUCCAUAAAUAUGUCAUUUAGUGCAACUAUUCUGUUCUCCCCUCCACCCCAACUCGAUGGAAAAUGUGGAUGUGGGAAUGAAAGCAAUAAGGGUAGUACAAAUCCUGUUGAAGGAGUAACCCCAAUCACUGUAACUGGCCAGGGUGUUGCGGUACAAGGAUCUGAGCAACUUCUGCAUCUUAUCUAUCAGCGAGUUGAGAAAGCAGUAGGGUUGGCAGAAGCUGCUCUCGGUGUAGCCAAAGCUAAUGGCAGCCUCCUGAGCCAACUUCAAGAAGAAGUCAGUGGGCUGAAAAGGGUGUGCGAGCAACAAGAGAGUCCUAAAACCCCACCAAACACGAAUGUGAGAUGCAAAAUGUCAGAGGAUGAGGAGCCUGAUGAAAUACGAGGAGUACAAGUUGUAAUAGAGGAGUUGAGGCAGUUGGGUGCAGCAUCAGCUUCUUUGCUUCCUGGACUACAUUCAACACCAAUAGACAGGAUUUCAAGGGAAACAUGUUUGCCUCAAUGCCCUCCUCCUAAUGAGUCCAUCCCGCUACUCAAUCCCUUACAUGGUCCUGUCAGCACAGGGAGAAACUCUUUACGCAAUGAGGAAAGCAUAUGCACGGCUAUUGAUGACUUUUUAAGCCCAGAGGGUCUUGCCCCGAGGAUUUUAGCCCCUAACUUUGUGAAGCAGCUGACUGCCACCCGUCCUCAUGGAGAAGCAAUUGACAUUCUGAAUGAGACAGUUCCCCCAAUUUCAAAAUCUGGACAUUCUCAUCUCCUAAUUCAGAAGGAUGGUUCAGUGAGCCCUGGUGGGAUGAUUAUGAUGGAGACCAGUCCUGGAGCAGCAGAACUACGGCAAUCAACUUCUCCACCUAUAACAACAUUUUACACAGGCACUUCCAGCCGCCAGCGUAACAGUGGGCAGAAAUGUUCCCGCCGCAAACGUGACUUAGUGUUGUCAAAACUGGUGCAUAAUAUUCAUAACCACAUCUCUAAUAAUAAACGCUUCAAUGGCUCUGAAAGCAUCAAGUCUUCCUGGAAUAUAUCAGUCUUAAAGUUCCUUGUGGAAAAGCUGAAACAAGAGCUGGUGUCUAGUAUAAACCAUUACACGGACAAAGAACUCAAAGGUGCCUGUGUUGCUUACUUCCUUACUAAGAGGAGAGAAUAUCGAAAUUCUAUGAAUCCCUUCAAAAGUUUAAGAGAGAAAGAGGAGAAAAAGUUGAGAAGCCGGAGAUACAGGCUCUUUGCUAAUAGGUCCUGGGGAGUGCAGCAGUUUCCAGUGGAAGAACAAGCCCUAUGGGAGGGUGUGACAGAAGAACUCAUGUCAGAUGAAGAGGAUAGUCUGUCAGAGCCUGGUGUCUGGGUAGCCCGCCCCCCGCGUUUCCGGGCACCUGAGCUCUCUAGACUGUGCUAUAGCAUAGACUCACACUCUAAACAUGGCAAUAAAGCCAACCGUAUCUACGGUGCCCUAUCUGAUAGACUUCCUUCUGCAGAGCUGCAGUUGUUGCCACCACACCUCUAUAACCAAGACUGGGAAAGAGAGAUAGAUGACAACGAUGAUAUAGACAUUGAAGGAGGUGGAAGAGGAAGAAAAUCUUACUGCCCAGAUCUAAACUCUUUUAUAGAAAUCAAAGUGGAGAAAGAUGAAUGACUACACAAGGAGGGGAAUACAAUGUGUGAACAGUGAGAAACUGAUGAGGUAAUGUGUCCCCUGUGGGGAGGCAGAGCCAUGGAUGAUAUAGACUAAUCUUAAAUCAUAGAAUCAGAAACAUUACAGAAUAUUAUGGACAACUAUAUCAGUGUGCUGAUUGCUGGUUCAUCUGCAUAAUGUGGUGACUGAACAACUGUUACAUCAAUAACAAUAAAAUUAUCAUUUUUAAA